UGUUCAGCGCUGACCGCUCCAAGUUAAAUGCUCCCUUUCUCUUUUUUUUUUUUUUUUUGGUCUGUUUGUUUAAUUCUUGGGAGAGCUCUUGCGAUCUUGGAAAAGCCUCAGACGCCAUCUACAGUUAAGUCGUAGAUAACUACCCUCUCCGGCAACCGCCCCCCUUCCACGCCCCCCCACCCUUUCCACCAAAAAAGGGGGUGCAGCGCGGAUUCCGCCUGCCGCGCGGCGCGAGCCGGUAGACCCGUGCUGAUUUCCUUUCUCUUUUUGUCGGGCUUCUAACGCGUGGAGAGCAAGCGGCCGCCGCGCGCUCCCCGAAGACUGCACCAACUCGAGCAGGGCUCCUGCCACCCAGCCCGCCUGCAAGUCUGAAGCCUGCCUGGGGGUCGCUGCGGGGGACCCGGCGCUGCAGCUCCCACUUGAGCAACCCGGCUCCUCGCCUAGAUCCACGUUGGAAACAGAGGGAGAGAGAAACUAAAAGUGCCGCGAUUCUGCACAUCGCUGGCUGCUUUGGGGCAACAAAAGGACCCGAGCCGCUGCCGACCGAGUGCCCCCGGGAGCCGGGCUCGGAGCAGACCAGGUGCCCAGCUGCGCCCUGUUGGGGCUUCUAACUCUUUCUCCGCGCAGCCCCCUUCCCGUCCCCUCCCCUCGCGCCCCCUUUUAAAAUCCGUGGCACGGAGGCGCCUGCAGCCGCACUCGCCAGCGACUCAUCCCUCCAGCGGGUUUUUGUUUGCUGGUCGUGUGCGAUCCCCACACUCAUGAACAUACACAGGUCUACCCCCAUCACAAUAGCGAGAUAUGGGAGAUCGCGGAACAAAACCCAGGAUUUCGAAGAGUUGUCGUCUAUAAGGUCCGCCGAACCCAGCCAGAGUUUCAGCCCGAACCUCGGCUCCCCGAGCCCGCCGGAGACUCCGAACUUGUCGCAUUGCGUUUCUUGCAUCGGGAAAUACUUAUUGUUGGAGCCUCUGGAGGGAGACCGCGUUUUCCGCGCGGUGCAUCUGCACAGCGGAGAGGAGCUGGUGUGCAAGGUGUUUGAUAUCAGCUGCUACCAGGAGUCCCUGGCCCCGUGCUUUUGCCUGUCUGCCCACAGCAACAUCAACCAAAUCACCGAGAUUCUCCUGGGGGAGACCAAAGCUUAUGUGUUCUUUGAGCGGAGCUAUGGGGACAUGCAUUCCUUCGUCCGCACGUGCAAGAAGCUGAGGGAGGAGGAGGCGGCCAGACUGUUCUACCAGAUCGCCUCUGCCGUGGCCCACUGCCACGACGGGGGGCUGGUGCUGCGUGACCUCAAGCUACGGAAAUUCAUCUUUAAGGACGAAGAGAGGACCCGGGUCAAGCUGGAAAGCCUGGAAGAUGCCUACAUUCUGCGGGGAGAUGAUGACUCGCUCUCCGACAAGCACGGCUGCCCGGCCUACGUGAGCCCGGAGAUCUUGAACACCAGUGGCAGCUACUCGGGCAAGGCCGCUGACGUGUGGAGCCUGGGCGUGAUGCUGUACACCAUGUUGGUAGGGCGGUACCCUUUCCAUGACAUUGAGCCCAGCUCCCUCUUCAGCAAGAUCCGGCGCGGCCAGUUCAACAUUCCAGAGACGCUGUCGCCCAAGGCCAAGUGCCUCAUCCGGAGCAUCCUGCGGCGGGAGCCUUCCGAGCGGCUGACCUCGCAGGAAAUUCUGGACCAUCCUUGGUUUUCGACAGAUUUCAGCGUCUCCAGUUCAGGAUAUGGUGCUAAGGAGGUGUCUGAUCAGCUGGUGCCGGAUGUCAACAUGGAAGAGAACUUGGACCCUUUCUUUAACUGAGCUCACGCCCCACAGAGACUGGGCUGGUACCGGAGCGGCAGAGGGCAGCGAAGGGACUUCCUCCAGGGACCACA